CGAGUCUCGCGAAGCUCCGCCCCGAGGUGCUGUCCUCCGCAGGAACCCGGAAGUGCGAGCGUCGAGAUGGCGGGGGAUCGGAAAGUGGAGCUCAGCGAGGCCCUGGCGCUCGGGCCGGGCUGGCGCCACGCCUGCCACGCACUGCUGUAUGCGCCCGACCCCCGCAAGCUGUUCGGCCGCAUCCCGAUACGCUUCGCCGUGCUGAUGCAGAUGCGCUUCGACGGGCGCCUAGGUUUCCCUGGCGGCUUCGUGGACGCGCAGGACUGCAGCCUGGAGGACGGGCUAAACCGUGAACUGCGCGAGGAGCUGGGCGACGCGGUGUCUGCCUUCCGAGUGGAGCGCUCCGACUACCGGAGCUCACACCUCGCGGCCAACCAGCGCGUGGUGGCCCAUUUCUAUGCCAAGCGCCUGACGGCCGAGCAGCUGCAAGCCGUGGAAGCCAGGGCACCCCAAGCCAAGGACCACGGACUGGAGGUGCUGGGCCUGGUGCGGGUACCUCUGUACAUCCUGCGUGAUGGUGUGGGAGGCCUGCCCACCUUUGUGGAGAAUACCUUCAUUGGGGAUGCCCGGGAGCAGCUGCUAGACGCCCUUCAGGACUUGGAACUUAUGGAUCCUGGCAUUAUUUCAAACCUCAAGAUCCCAGCUUCUAAGUAGAGUCAGCCCACCACGGACCCACGGAACCCAGGAUGAGGGCUCUGGUAUAAGGGAAGGAGGGAGGGAGGCAGGGGAAAUAUUUUCUCUUUGGGGGCUGCGAGAGGAUGGUUGAUACAAGAUUAAAGACAGAGGUGUAUAUGCGAAGGGUUUUCAACAGAGGACCCUGUCUGAUGGCAUUGGUGAUUAAAGGCCUUGGUUGUACCUCAGAGUCCCUCCUUAUACGUGGGUAAAUAGCCUAGAAGCUCCAGGUAUAUGCAUGGGCAGUCUGAUCGCACACAGCCUGGUGCACUCUCAUCUGUCCAGUUUAACUGUGAUGUGGCAUCAGGCACAUCCCACUCCUUCCUGGUAAAUGGGGUGGGGAAGUGGGUUCUUUCCCAUCAGCCACAUGGCUGCUGUCCUGAGUCCAGCCCAUUCUUGUUAGGGAAGCAGAGAAGGGGGUUUCUCCCUGAGAAUGGUCUCGGGUUACCCGAGGCUUGAGCAUAGCCGUGGGUUUCAGAAAGCUGGGUAAGGCCCUAACCAGCCCUGCACUCUUUCCUCCCCCAACCACUGGGGGUCGGGAUGUGUCAACUUCUUGGGCUGAACCUAGACCUGAGACUUCAGUCCUGAUGCCUCUCUUCCAGUACAUUCAUCUUUGAGCUCCCUUUGUCUCCGUCUAGCCUGCCCUGCCAAAAGGAGUCAUCUAGGAAGGCAGCUGAUCCCUGGGACUCCGAGCUCUCCAGUUCCUUCAACAGAUACAGGUUGAUUAAUACCUGCUCAGUGGCAAGUACAGUAACAGAAAUAGAGGCCCAUUACUUCUGUCUUCCAGACUUCUGAGUGAGGAGUAGGCAAACAGCAUCAUAAAUAAGUAGCAUCACACAGUAAACACUAUGAGCUUUGCCAGCCACACGGUGUUCUGGAACCCUUGAACUCUGUCAUGUCAGACUUACCUGCAUGAUACAUAAGUGUUGUCGUUGUGUCCCAAUAAAACGCUGAUGAAAAAGCA